CACGUGUUUUACAAAACGAAUGAUAUUGUUAUAAAUUAAAUAUGUGAUAUGUGUUGAACAUUAGAUUAUAAAAAAUAGAAAUAAUCUGUGCUUUUUGGUGUGAUCUAGUGAGAGUGGAUUGUAUCUGCAAACGUGUUGGAAUGAGCGUGUGAGAACCUAACAGUGUUUUGGAGUUAGUGCUUGACUUGUGUAAAUAGUUUAUAUUAGUGGGACAUCGUCGUAUGUGAAAUCUCAAGUAUACAAACACACGAGGAUAUAAUCAAAUAAGUUCAUAGUGAUAUAUCGAUGAACUGGAUGGAGUAUUAACGUGAGCGCAACGAUGGGACUAUUAAGGAAACUAAAACUACGGGGGUUUUCUUCUUUAGGAGCAUCUCUUCUUUGUCGGCUGGUUGCCUUCGCCGUAGCUCAAACGAAUUGUCCGGAGGACUCAACAACGACCUUCGAAAAAAUCGUCGGCUAUAAGCCAUCGCACUCCAGAUUGGCGCCAAUGUACGGUCUUUCAGAGGACAACAACUCUGGAACAACCGCCGAUUGCAUCAAAAGGUGUCAGCAAUCAAACGAAUGUAUGGGAGUUAUGGUAAACUACGAUCGAAACAUCUGUUUUGCGGCCAGCUUUGUAUCCGCUAACAGGCGUGAGAAGCUGCUCCCUGCUUCAGAUCGAGCAAACUACUUUGAGAAAAUGUGUGUACGAGGUCCAGUGUGUGAGCGGGCUUUCGUCAUGGAACGGGUAGUGGGCAAGGAGCUAUCUGGCUUUGACAACCGCGUCCUCGGGGGUGUUCAGUAUCGAAAGCACUGUGAAGAACUGUGCCUUCACGAACAGGCUUUUCCGUGCAGGUCGGGUGAAUACGACGCGUCAAUUCAAGAAUGUCGUUUGUCAACCGAAGACCGAAGAUCACAGCCGAGUUCCUUCAGGCCAGCCGGAAAUGUUGAAUAUUUUGAAAAUCAAUGUGUUUCUCACGGCCCUAAUGGAUGUGACUACGAACAACGUAAGGAUGUAGAUAUCUUUAGGGCAGACCAAGUUCGGGCUGCCUUCUCGAGUGAGCAGUGCCGAUCGCUCUGUGACGAUUGUAAAGAGUUUUUGUGUCGAAGUUUUUCGUUCUUCCCGCCAGCAGCGCUAUGUGCCCUGUCUUCGGACGAUACCUUAUCCGUGGGCGGUAGCGCUCUGCGAGCACGUCAGGGUGUGACCUUUCACCAAAAGGCCAAUUGUCUAGAUCUGCGACUGCACUGUGACGAAGAGGCCAUGGUGCUAACGCUUAAUACUCUGGAACCCUUCGAGGGACGGAUCUACUCAAAGGUGGACAAUCCCCCCCCAGGAGAUUGCGAGGUCGCUGGCAGAGGGGAUCGAUCUACCACUCUCGCUAUGAGCUUGCGAAGCAGACGGUGUGGAGUCGACACGGAGGAGGACGGCGUAUUUACUUCGACCAUAGUGAUUCAGCAUCAUCCACUUAUCCAGCAAAAAGGCGAUCGCGUCAUUAAGCUAUUCUGUAGUUUCGAUGCAGUGAACAAAACGGUCACCAACACCUAUAAAGUCUUGAUGGGGGCACAGAGUGUACAGGCCGGCACAGUAAAUGCCACUGCUCCAUCGCCGAACAUACGUUUGCGUAUCACGGACCGCAACGGGGCAGAUAUUAUUGGAGCGAAACUGGGCGAUGAACUUUACCUACGCAUCGAGAUUGAUGACGAUUCCGUUUUCGGUAUCUACGCUCGUGACCUGGUUGCGACGUCUGGUAGAAAUGACGACUCGAUCACGCUGCUCGACAACUCCGGAUGCCCAAUCGAUCAUUCAAUAUUUCCGUCACUUAAAAGGAUCGCUCGUGGCAAGGCGCUUAUAGGAAAGUUUGAGGCAUUUAAGUUUGCUGGUGAUACCGUUGUUCGAUUUCAAGUUACGGUUCAGUUUUGUCUGCAUGAAUGUCCUCUUACAACCUGUUCUCAGAGGUCACCUGGAAAAGGGCCAUUACACGAUAUCCAUAGCCUCUCCGAUAGAGGAGUAAGAGACAGAGAUCAUCCCAGAGAACAUAACUUCAGAGAUCUUCCAGGCUUCCCUAGAUUGUCCGAACGUUCUGCAGUGACUCGCACGAAGCGUGCGCAUUCGGCUCCAUCAAUCAUGAGAAUGUUGCCAACACCGUCUCCUACUGGGGCCCCUUCACCCUCACCGACCCCAUCGAUGAUGGCCGACCUACCUCUUCAGCGUGAGAUUAUCGUUGAGGGCAUCGUACCACCUGGACGCUCCCCGGACGACGUGGCGAUUGUGCCCACUACGGGAAACAAAGUUAAAUCGGCCGUAUUCGACGCUCAUAUGCUCUGUGCACCCCACACGAUGGUUACGGCGUGUCUGGCUGUCGCGCUGGUGGCCCAACUAUUGAUUAUCGCAACAUGCGUGUCCUGCGUAACAUUGGCGCGUCGUCCGCACGUUCAGCCGCCGGCCGCUUCGAGCCGUUCAGAUCAUUCGGAAUCACCCGUCAUGAGACAUCAACAUUCUCAAGCGUACGAAGCAUAUGAGCCCAGCCGACGAAGUCGUAUGCGCGACUACGAGACUUCAUGGGGAAUGGCCCGAAUGCACGCCCACAGGUAGAUAGAGAAUGGGCCAUUUAGUGGAAACAAUUCAAGCCGAAGUGAAUGAUCAAAUACUUCAACUUCAGGACGCUUUGAGAUUGAGACGAUGACUCCGAGGAACCAGACGGCUCAAUUAAACAUCGCUCAUGGUAGCUUUUGGCUUGAGGACUUCAUCGAAAAAAGUCGCAAUAAUCCGUUUUUUGCAAAUACGUUUGCAGCGUGUAUGAAAUUCAUUUGCUAUAGGUCUCCUUACUGGAUUAAUAACUAGUACGAAAAAAAAAAACGUAUUUCUCUUUGUGUCACUAAAGCCUACCCGUACUUAACAAAAGCGAUCGUAUAACAGUAGAAAGAUAGGAUCAUGUGCUAGGAUUCCUUCACAUUAGAUAGAUGUCCUUUUAAUGAUUCAACAAUGAUUAAUAAGAGAAAUUGUUACAAAUCAAAAAUAAGGAUUGCACAGGCAUGUGAGAGCAUCAUUGGGCAAAGCGAAAGAAAACUUUGGGCCAACUUGCUCUUGUAACCUGCAAUUGAAGCAGUGUAGCUUUUUUUGUUUCGGGUGUUCUCAGGGACCUAUACGACCGCACGAGUGAAGUGCCACAGCACUAGCUAAAGCAGUGAAGCGUAAUACAUUUUUCUCUUUUUUUUUAAGCUUAUCGAAUAUUGGCAAUAAACUUAAUCAAUACAAAGCGAGUUUAAUUAAAGUAGAAUCAUCUAUUUAAUAGCUGAUUUUUAUUUUACCUUUAGAAAUAUUUGCUUGGCCUCCACGCAUUCAAAACGAUAAUAACAGCAAAAUUGUACAAUCGAUCACCCAUAAAUUGCGUUAUCUUCAAAGAUGUCUCCUUUUAUCUUGCAAGCUCAGGUUAUUCCGCAAUAAUCACUGUUGCAUUAUUAUAAAACGGAAAAUCUGUACAACGGUAAACUGCGUGAAACGUGUACAUAGUGUAAAUAUUGUGUGAACCAAUUUAUGUUGAAGGUGAGUUUAUAUAAUCGCGCGACCAUAGUUAUGACAGGAAUACUAUUUUCACGAGAGAUUAAUAAAAAAAAAAUUGUUAUUCUAUGAGUGUCCGUAUAGAUUCAUGCAUGCACGUGCACAAGCACCUUUCCUUCACCUCUUGCCUUUCCUUUCCGUGGGCCGAACUUUCGCUUCUUUUUAAUUUCCUUAUAUAUAUAUAGGUACAAAGCACUUGUUGAGGCCAGAUUGAGCCUUAUGUUAAUAAAGAUUUGAUUGAGUCACCAACCAAAUCUGCAAAAUGCACCUUAAAAUUGUUCAUGCGAAACAAGACCCGUUUCUACAAUAUGACAAUCACAAUAAUUGUGUCAUAAUAAAUGCUGACUGGGACCGAAGUGGUAGGCAAUGAGGCUUGAGCCGUACCACCCAGCUAAUGUGGUUAUUGUAAACAACUGAAUACGCAUAAAGACUAUAUUGAAGGUAACGUCAUUUCAACGAUGUUUCUCUAGGCCAACUCAUUUGUGGUCGAUCCAUAGAUAGAUAGAUAAUACGUCCGAAUACAAUAAUAGCACAAAGAAUUUUCUGUUUCAUUAU